UUUUUUCGAAGCGAUUUUCGAAACUCGAGAUCUCGUAGGAUCGUGGAUUUAAAAUAACGAGCAAGUGCAUGCGAAGCGUUAGAAAGGAAGCUCGCGUCUCUCGCGUUCAUGGUAGACGUUUGGGGGCCGGGUGCGAGGUCAAGCAGCGCAAUUUUUCGAUUAAUCGCUCUCACCGAUCUAAUUUAUAGGUCCUUAGUAGUUACCUUGGUAGCAAGUACGUCAUAACUUGGCUACGUGUAGACACGUCGUUGAGACGUAAAAGGAUAUUGAUUUCUUAAGUCUUCGUAACCGAACCGCACCGAAAUCCAAACGUUACGAUAAAUUAAAUUCUCCCCAUGCAACCGCCAUUUCGAAUAACGUUUAACGCGCGUAUAAAUUAUAGAUAGAAUCGAAAGAGGAUCGAGGAACGAAUCUGUAGAAAAUCGGUUUAUUCGAAAAAUAAAUUUCUAAAGCUCGGCGCUUUAGAAAAGUUUCGAUGAUGAUAGCUACGCUCGACGACCAGCAUUCAUCGCGAACGCACCCAUUAUACCCUCUUUUCCUAGAUUCGGCGCCAUUAGAAGGCAUGCAGGAUAAGGACGAUACGCAGGAUAGUUAGCGCACGAUUAUCAUUCAGUCUCGUGGUCGUCUCGGUUGGCCUCGAUUCGGGCGGAACGAGAGAUUCUCGAAAAAAAUUAGCGACGAUCGAAGGGAAAUUGGAAUGGUUUCGCUCUUCCCGCGUAAUAUACACGCGUAAAUACGCGAGAAGUGACGUAAAAGUUGGGUAGGAAUACCGCGAGAUUGUAUGGAAGAGGGAGGAGGGAGGAGGAGUCAUCAAGUUUGCCAUCUCGUUUCGCCCCGUUUUUUGCCAUUGUAUUCGCGUCACUUUCCUCGACUUUUCAGAAGGAAACGCUCAUUGUUGUCCCUGCUUUUUCUCCUAACCUUUGUGGAGGGCGGCCGGUCCGCGCAGCCAUCUCCCUAUACCUAUAAUAAUACGCGCAAUCUUUCCGUUCCGUCUUCUCCUUUUAUAUCCUGUCACCUUUGCCCACGUCCCCUCCCUCUAUCCUUCCUUUUCAGCCUCGCUACACGUUCAUCCUGUAAACCAUCGGGAGAGCAGAGAAGUAGAGAUAGAGGAGCGAGCGAGGUCUCCAGGUGGGCGGCGGAGAUCGAUAGAACCGCGACCCAGCUUUACCCGACCAACCUGGGGAACUCGCUGCUAUUGCUGCUACUAUUACUACUACUACUACUACUAUUACUACUACUACUGCUACUACUACUGCUACUACGACAAGUACUGGUACUGUUGCUACUAUCACUGUACCAGUGCUAAUUACCAGUUUUUCCUUCUCUCCGUCCACACUCGUAACAAGCCUGCAUUACAAAAAGUACUCGCGCGUUUCUUACGCUACAUACCUAACCAUUCUUCCGUUUUCCUCUACAUUAGGCCCUAUUGUUCCCCACUUAACCAAUUGUCAUCUUCUUUUAUCACCGAUAAAACCAGUUUCUUUCCAUCUUUGUUCACCGCUUACGCGGCGUUCAUUUCUUUAUCGUUCGAUUUUCCUUCUUCGAUUUUAUCUUUCGUGGAAGAAAAAGGAAAAGAAUUUUCUGGACAAAGAAUCGCAAAUUCAAAGAUUUAUCUUAAAAUUGUAUUUUAAAGUAAUAUAAAGAGAAAGAAGAAGUUGGAGGAACAAAGAGCAAAGAAACGUGUACUUGUAUUCUAUUUUUGAGACUUUGUUGAAAUAUUUACACCGCGCGCAAUUGUUAUGCCGUUUCGUUUCAAAACAUCGAAAGAGACGUUGAUAUUUAUAUUAUUAUAAUAAAAAUAUUUCCAUCGUUUUCCUUAAUUAUUCUUUCUCUCGUGAAUCGAUUAAAAAACACCGAUUCAAAGCGAUAUUCGAUCGAUAAAUUUUCUUUAAAAACUUUCGCGUCCAUGUAUUCGCGCUUAGCGUUUGUUUCGUUUCUGUCCGUUCAAAUUCGAUCAAGAAUCCACAGCUUUGCGAAUAACCACUCAUCGAUUCGAUUCCCCGAAUUUUUCGUUUUUCUAAGCGACUUAUUAACUACGCGUAACUAAAUUACGUGGAAAAUACGAAAAUUUUUUCAUCUUCUCGCUCGUCUCGUGUUCGACUCGUACACGCACGCGUAUAAUAAUAAAAUUGAACCAACAUUUUGAAAGAAAUUUUCGAAAUCGCGCGCGAUAAUUUACGGUCGUUGCGAAUUUACAUUGGCAAUACGCGAAAGCGUGUAUCAACGAGUUUUACGUAGAAACUGUAGUAACGUGGUUGGUUGUAAAAAUCGAUAAUCCUGGGUUUCGAGCCGUGUCGCGUGAGCUACACUCGUUGCACUAUUACUAUCAUCAAUCUCUCUCUUUUUUCUCAAUCCUUCUUUCUCUCGCUCAACUUUUUUCUUUUUCCACCGUCUAAACUGCACCACGUUAAACCUUUCUUUUUUAGAACGUCGAAUCGUGGUCCGACAAACGAUACGAUUUAUAAAACCAAUUAUCAAAAAAGAAAGCAAGACGUUCGUCUCCUCCGAAGUAAUAAGAAGAAAUUAAUUUAGCAGAGCGUCGCUACGAACUUUAUUUAAUCGACCAAUAUCCAUUACUCUCUAUUCGUUGCUUCGCUUUAUUCCUCCGCUACUUUCCCUCCCGCCAAUCUCAUUUUUCACCGCGACACAAAUUUGUUUUAUUCUCGAACCUUGGCGCGAUUUAUCGCGUCCUUCAUUUUCACCAAUUAUCGGAUCGAAAUUAAUUCGGAUGAAAAACUAGGCGAGGAGCAACCACGUCGUGAGCAACGAGAGGUCUCGGUCCAAGUUCAUUAUCCGAAACGUUACGAUUUACGCGAUCGUACUCGAUAACACUAUCCACUCGGGAGCGGAGAGAGAAAGAGAGAGAGAAAGGUCAGGAUGAAAAUUAAACGAAAAAUAAUUUAGAAACCGAUAUUUUGCCUAUUCGAAUUCCCGAUAGACGUUUUUCAUCGUUUCGUUAAAUUGCUUAAAAUAUCGAAAAUCGAGUCGAGAAUACCAUUUCGUACGAGGAAGACGCAUAUUUCUAUGAAGAAGUUAAAAAGUUCGACUUUAACGAGUAUUUUUCGACGCUUCGCGGCCACGUUUCUCUUCGUAGAAAAAAGUAAAUGACAUCAUUUACGGGUCGUUCACAACUGACUCGAAAGAAUUUCUCUCUCUUCCCUUUCGAGACAAUCGCAUCGAUGCUCUUAUUUUCGUUAUUUUCGAAUCGAGAAUAAAGUAGAUCGAUAUAUCGCGCAAAUCUUUCUUCUUUCUCGAUUACGGGAAACACGCGACUACGGAACGUAGUUUCAUUUAAUCGCGUGUAAUUUUUAUCGUUAUCGAAGAUAUUUAGAUCGAAUCGAAACCUAAUUUACGCUAAUUUAAAUCGUAUAUCGCGCCGCUGCUCGAGACGACGCGAACCAAACGCGAACAAAGCGCGAGAAAAACGUAUUUCGACGAGAUGCAUAAAUUUAUUAACGGAGUUCGCGUGUCUCGACCGGUAAAUAAAAAUUGCGCAUUGCGUCUUUCGCAAGAAAAAUGAAAUCUCACCGAUCGAUCGAUCGAUCGAUCGAUCCCAAAAAUUCGACGAACGAGUUCUUUUUCCCGAUCAUUGCCAAGCUUUGGCAAACCGUACGGCGAAUACCUCUCGAUUCGCCGAUUAUAAAUCGGGAAUCUAAGAUUUAUCGCGUUUUUUUACCUUUUUUUUUAUUCCCACGAAUCGUACGCGUACCGUGCAAAAUAUAAAACUAUCGAUUUUAUCUCGUUCGUUCCACUUUUACGGCCUUGUUUGAAAACAAAUAAUUUUAGACAAUUUGCAACGUGCGAUUACUCUCUCGAACUCUAGUUCUCGUAUAAAACGGAUACACGCUCGGUACCCGUAUUUUACAACGUUGAAUGAUAUCUUAUCGUCGAAGCGGCGACGACGAAAUCGAAACCUUAAAAAACGAAUUUAUCUCUGAUCGUUAAUCCACGAGUGACGAAUCUCGAAAGAAGGGCAAAGAGAGGAGGCUUCGAUCGAUAUCGAUCGGUCGGAUCCGAGGUUUUCUUAAAAGGAAAAAUAGAGAAAAGGAGGAUGGUGGAGGAUCCUCGUACGCGUAAACGACUAAACGGCGAACGUUGCGGCGUAGCACGCGAACGGAUUUCACCGGUAGUGCCCUUUGAAAUGGCGAGGGUCGGAACGGACAUUAUCCAACUCGCCGAUCUUAAUUUCUUCUUACGACCAUCGCGUCAAGGCUUCCACCAACGGUAUAUACUUAUUUUCCAAUUUUGCACGACACGCGAUCACAAACUCGCCUUUUUACCUCUGUAUAAACACGCGAAAAUAACCGUACAUCGAGGAUAAUACCGUGCUUUUUAUUUUUAUCCAUCUCGACGAAAAAGUCUCCAACGACGAAUUAAAUAAUUUCCAUCCGAUCCAUCGAUGCUACUUUGCCGGUAAAAAGGGUUUUGAAUCACGGGGAUGUUAUUGCGCGCGCGAUAAAAACGUGCAAACGCAAAAUCAAAAAGUCGAUAACUUUGCACCCCGUCUUAUCUAACCGUGCUUAUCUUUCAUCGAAUUUUUCCGAUGAAAAAUCUGCUCGCGGACGAAUAACGAAAUUCGGAUAAUUACGAAAUUCUCGAACGGAUCGCUUUUAAAACCGCGAUCACGCACGAUCUUCUUCUCUUCUUUUUUUCAAAGAGAAUACAAACGAGAGCGAAACAACGCCGACCCUGUCCCUCCUGUCGAUUUCAGUAUCCAUGACCCGAUUACUUCACGCGCAUCGAUGUUACCCACCUCUAGCUUUUCGACGAAUCGUCCACCGUUUUAUCGCACUCCCUUCCUCCUUCCCAUUUUCGCUCCCAGAUAGAUAAUAUUACGCAUUUUUCUCCACUACUAUCUUUCGUCCAUCUACCUCACGGAUACCCGUCGAAAUCUUUGCCAAACCAGACGCAGGGAUAUCGCGAUACUUGAGUUUAUUUUAACGAUGUGACAGAAUUCUCGGAUCAAACGGACGUCGAUCGCUCGAAUAAUAAUAAUUACGAAUUGUUAUUACUAUUGUUUUUCUUUUUCUUCAAGAAAAAGUAUCUUACUCGACGAUGCUCGUUCGAAUUGGUAAACGUAACGAUUUCCAUCGAUGAGUUCGCUUAUUAUUUUCCCGCCAAGAGUCGAUGGAAUGGUGACAGCUCGUAAUAACGCGUGCGAUACGUGUGUAGGGAAAAGAGGGGAAAGGAAGAAAGAAGGAAGAAAAAAGUAUAUAUAUAUAUACUUACUUACUUACUUACUUACUUACUUACUUACUUACUUACUUACUUACGUAUAACGACGUGUCGGUUUGGCGGUGGAUGGAUGCGGUGGAGGUUGGAAUAGCGUGGAUGGUGGGGGAUGGGCGAAAGGUGGGGGAGAGAGCGGAGGCGGCUCGUUCACCACGCAGGAUCAGCUACGAGGAGAAGCUCGCUUCGUCUCUUUUACCUCGCGCUAGAUAGUAGCUCCGCCGCCGCCGCAUUUCUACCUUCUACCACGACCGAACGCACGCGUUCGAUAGAGUCGCGUUCGGGAUUCCUUUAUAAAAAUCGUGUUUGUGCGUCUCUGUUUCCUGCCUACGUACUUUCUCUCUCUCUCUCUCUCUCUCUCUAUCUACCUAUCUAUCUCUAUCUCUUAACCCCUCUACCGUCUCUCUGCUCCAUUCAUUAUUUUCUCACCCCUUUCUCUCUCCCUCCCCUCUUCCCUCCCUCUCCGAUUAGUCUCUAUUUUUUCUCUCUUCAUUCCCCCUUUCUCUCUCUCUCUCCCUCGCCCUCUCUCUCUCAUUCUCUUACCUAUACGCAUAAUCGGGAACGCGUUCGUCGUUGCACAGACGACGAGAAGUUGUUGUACGGUAGAGGAUGCGUGGGUGUUUCGCGUUACCUCGAUAAAUUAUGCGUGUACAUAGAGGAUAGCGAGAGGGGGAUAGGCGAGAAGAGUGGAGAUCGUGUGUCGUGGUGGAGACUACAAUUCGGCCGUGUGUGCGUGUGUCGUGAAAAGAAGAAGAAAGAUCGCAAAAUGGGUUGUUUCGGCAGCAAAGAUAAGUUGAGCAAAGAAGAUAUGGAUUUUCUUAAAUCGCACACGAGAUACGACGAGGCAACUAUAAAGGAAUGGUACAAAGGAUUUAAACAAGAUUGUCCGAACGGUAGACUAACGCCGGCAAAAUUUGUCGACAUGUAUAAAAUGUUCUUCCCAUCCGGCAACGCGGAAGAAUUUUGCGAUCACGUUUUCCGCACAUUCGACAUGGACAAAAAUGGCUACAUCGAUUUCAAGGAAUUUUUGUUGGCUAUCGAUGUAACGUCCAGCGGGACGCCAGAAGAAAAGCUGAAAUGGGCUUUCCGUAUGUACGAUGUCGAUGGAAACGGUGUCAUUGACAUUCAAGAAAUGACCAAGAUCGUUCAGGCAAUAUACGACAUGCUCGGAGCAUGCUCGAGCAACAGACCGGCAGAUAGCGCGGAAGAAAGAGCGAAGAACAUCUUCGCGAGAAUGGACGAAAAUAAUGACGGUCAACUUACCGAGGAGGAAUUUUUGAAAGGUUGCCUUCAAGACGAGGAACUUUCAAAAAUGCUGGCCCCUUAAUUUCCGUGUCUUAUCUCGGAUCCGAUGAUCGAUCAUGAUACACCGACCGACCGAAUCGAAACAAAUUUCAAUUACAUCUAUCCUUCGUGCCGAUCGUUCUAUAUUAUAUUCCAUAUAAUAUUAUUAUCGAACACGAUAAUCGGUGCGAUUGCCGACAAAAAAGAUCGAAGGAAAAUCGGUGUCUUUCCACGGUCUAACUUCAAUUUCGACUCGAAUCGACAAAUUUCCCCCCGCUCCCUUCCCUUCCAAACGACAAUCCAUCCGAUUUCGAUUCACCGAUUUCGAUACGAACGAACGAACUCGUUCGCGUUCACUCGGGGAAAGUUAUUAUUAUUAUUAUUAAAUACGGCGAGAAAAAAAGAAAAGAAAACAAAUAACAUUGGACGAAGAAGUAUCGUUUUGUCGAUCAACGGAUCGUAGAGUCGCGUUGUUCUUGUCGGAUCGAGAUCGCAUCGAGUUUGAAGUUUGACCGAUGCUUCCACAGCAAGUACCUAAAAAUUGACGUUUAAGGUAAAACGUUAAUUGUUAGAUUUAAUAAUUUGGCAGGUUUUUCUCUUUCUCUCUUUCUCCCUCCCUCUUUCUCUCUCUCUCUCUUUCUCUUUUUCUCUCUUUCCAAAGUUUCGAGAUCGAAACAAGUCAGACAGUUUGCUCUCCCUUUAAAUUCGAACAACGACGAAAAAAGUGCUAGGAUAUUUGGCGAGAGUGAUGGUAACACACAACGAAUCGCGAGAGAGUCACUGUCGAGUAAAUAGGACAAAGAUUUUCGAUCGAGGAAUGCAGUUUUAUAUUGCACGAUAUACUUCGAACGACGAUACAGUUUUACAUUGAAAAGAAAAGAAAAGAGAAAAAAAAAGAAAAAAAAAAAAAAAAGAAGGUACGUCAUAUUAACGUAUUAAUUAAUCGAUGAAUUAUCGUUUUCAUUCGGAAAUAUCAUCUGUUCCCAUUCAUUCCCGACGACGAUGUAUUACAAAGAUAGAAGAUAAUAUUCUCACGAGUGAUUCCACGAGUGGUUACAAAAUGAGUUGAAUAUAUCGAGAUAUAAAGAAAUUCGCAUUCGUAGCUUCGCUUUUUACUUAUAUGUAUAGCCGUUCGAUGGACGGACCAAAAGUGCCUAAAGUUCGGCAUUUCGACAAACGUACGAUGAACGUAAGGCAGGUCGAUAUACACGGACGGAUAUUAAAUAGCAAUGACCUAAUAAUAAACGUUGUCCGAACGAUCGAAACAAAUUCCACGCUGCAUUCAUUGGUAUAAAAAUUCCGUAUAAAAAUUCGUACGUAUCGAGAAAAAAAAAAAAUACGAUGCGUAUUCUUUUUUUUUACGUUUUACUCGUCGAAAAAUUCAAUCGCGUUCCCCCGAACGCGUAUCAGACCAGCAUAGACCUGCGGGUAACCGAACUCGUUCAAACAGAUAUAAAUCGUCCUACGUAUAAGGAAAUUUCAAAUUUACGUCUAUAACUUAAUUUUACACCGAUCGUUCUUUCAUUUUUUCAACUUUCUAUCUACCGGUGUAAAUACUAUGUACGGUAUCGUCUCUCUAUGAACCGAGCUUAAAACGAAUAUUUUACGCGCGCGCGAAUCGUAUCAUUCGCGCUUUUAAUCACACUAAACAUCAAACGCUUUGAUCGCUUUCAUAGAAUUUUUCAACUUUCGUAAUUAAUUAUCGUACGAUAACAAAGCUUUUAUCGGCGUAUCAACGUAAAAUCAUCUUUUUUCCCACUUUCUGUCGAAUAUUUUCUAUUUCGAGGCAUUUCGUCCUUUGUAUCCUAUUAUAACCAGCCUAAAUAUCGUAUGCAUUUAAUAUAUAUAUAUAUAUAUAUUUUUGAUUUUUCUUUAAAUUCAUAUACUAUUCGCAAUUUUUAUUGACGUAUAUAUAAUUUCCCAUAUAUAUGUAUAUAGUGUGGUGAAUGUGUAUGAACGUGUAACAUUCGUAUACAUCACCUACGAGUAAGGAUAAACAUCUAAAACUAGAACUCGAAACUUUUUCCGUUGUUCUUAGCGAUAAAAAAAAAGAAGAAAUUAUAUCGAUCCAUUCGAACACGAUUUGAAACGAAUUAAAAUUACGCUAUAUGUAUUAUAUAGUAUUUACACGGUGAAAAUUACUUACGAAUAUAAAUGUAUCAUACAAAUACGAAUUCUACGUUUUUUUUUUUUUUUCGUCGUAUCCAAAAUCGUAUCGAAAAUUAAAUUUAUCAUCAGAAGAAAAAUAUACUCGUUUGUUGGAACAAAUGUAAAAGAAGGAUCGAUCUCAAGAAACGAUAUAAUAUUUACGUAUUUCUACAUAUUUCCUGCAUAUUUCCAUCCUUUUUUCUCUCUCCUUAAAAAAGAAAAAAUUGUGAUUUAAAAUGUCAAGAAGUGAAAAAACUUGGUAAAAAUGCUUGGGAGAGAAAUUGACGGCACGAUAUUUAUUUACCUUUGUAAAAUGGAUUAUUUUAAUCGAUUUUCUCUUCAAAGAAAUAUUGGGUUCUAGUCUUGGCUGAUCCACAAUGCACACAUACUUAAUUAUCUGUAGUUAGCGGUAUGGAACGAUUCGCGAUAUACGUACAACUGAGAAGAUAAACGGUCGUACGAAGAAUUGACUUGGAAUGUCCUUUUAUCUGUCUGGCUCGAACAUCAACAGUACGCAUCGAUACGAUAAUUAUAGAAAAUUCAACGGUUCAAAUGUGUGAAAAUACAAUCAAAUACUCAACUUUUUGGUGUCGUUUCACCAUACGUCGAUCCACAACUCCACAACGACACUUGGUAUAUAUAUAUAUGGAUUUCACGCAACAAUUAAGCUAGCAAUGUAUAUGCGUGCAAUAUAAUAUAUCUACUACGAAGAAUAUUUAGCGUUAUCGCGUAAUAUGCAUCAAACGUCACGCUCCUUAAAUUAGGGUAGUAACGAUUGUAUUUCAAAUCCAUAGUUUAACAAAGUAUCGAAUAAACGGGAAAAAAAGGAAAAAAAAUGAAAAAUAGGGCAAUCCCGUUAAAACUCGUAUUAAUUAUGAUUUAAGCUCAGAGCGUAUCUGUGUGUGUGUAGUGAUAUAUUAAUCCGAAGCUGGUGAAAAAGUGAUAGAAAAUUCUAGAGUUUGUAACGUCUCUCUCUCUCUCUCUCUCUCUCUCUCUCUCUCUCUCUCUCUCUCUCUC